AUGAUUUCUGACAACAUUUUGGUUGGUUAUGAAUGCAUGCAUUGGCUGCGGAACCAAAAGAAGGGGAAUGUUGGUUUUGAUGCGGCUAAGUUGGAUAUGAGGAAGGCGUAUGAUAGGGUUGAAUGGACCUUCCUGAGGGCCAUGUUGACUCGACUGGGGUUUCCGACUCGGAUGGUGGAGAUUAUUAUGGAUUGUGUAAUGUCGAUGAACUUCUCCUUUGUUUACGGUUCCCUCACUCCAUCGAGAGGCCUUCGACAAGGCCGUCCUUUGUCCCCAUUUCUCUUCGUGAUUUGUGCUCAAGCCCUUGCUCCUCUAGGUGUGAUAUUGAGAUGGUUGUUGAUACGUGAGACCUCGGGCCACUCCCUUUAUCUCGGACUCUCCACCUUCACUGUUUGUCAAAAGAGGGUUCAGUUUGACUUUCUCAGGGAGAGAGUUUAUAAAAAGUUUAGCUCAUGGAAAAAUAAGUUUUCCUCAGCUGGAGGAAAGGAAAUACUUAUUAAGUCUGUUAUUCUUGCCAUUCCUACGUACACUAUGAGCUGCUUCAAAGUUCGUAUGGCUAUCUGUGUCGAUAUUGAACAUGCCUGCUCUAAUUUCUGGUGGGGAGAAUCGGACUCUGGGAAGCAUAUGCAUUGGGCCUCGUGGGAGAAAUUUUGCAUGCAGAAAUCAAAAGGGGGCAGCGGGAUUGCGACCUGUUCUGAUGGGGAAUCUAAUGAUACUUUGGUUAAGGAUUUCAUGGUGGGUGGUGCAUGGGAUAAGGCAAAGCUCGUUGCUGCUUUCCUUCCUUUUGAAGCGCAAGCUAUUGAGUCGAUAUCUUUAUCGCGGUUGGGGGCGGCUGAUGACUGGUUUUGGGUCCAUGAUGAGAAGGGUCGGUUCUCGGUUAAGUCAGGAUACCUUUUCGCCAUUGGUUAUUAUUCUCUGAAUCUUGAUACUACUUCCGAGGAACAAAAGCACUGGUGGAGCAGGGUUUGGCUCGCUAAUAUUCCACCUAAAGUCAAGCCGCUUGAUGUUGAUUUCUCUUUCCACGAUGUUAGCGGAGCUGCUGGAGUUGGGUUUCUGGUUCGUGACUGGACUGGUGCGAUUAAUGCUGCUGCUGCGCAUCGCAUGGGGCGGACUGAGACUAUUCUUAUAGGUGAGUUGCAGGCCAUGAUGUUGGGUACUGGCUUUUGUUUAGAGAAUAAUAUUGGCUUGAUAGUGCUCUACUCCGAUUCUAUGUUGGUGGUUCAUGUGGUUCACGAAGAUUACAAGGGGAUGGACUCUUUGUGUGAUGAUUUGUUUGAAGCGUUUGUUCUUGCGAAGGAUAGAAUUGUUUUUUAUUUUAGGCAUGUUCGCCGUGAGGUGAACAGAGCUACUGACAGUUUAGCGAAUUUCGCUGCUUGGUCUGAUGGUGUAAUGAUCUGGAAGCAAGGUUUUCCCGCCUGGCUUACUGAUAUUGUUCAUUAG